AUGGUGAAAUUUCCUACUUUCUUGACAAUGAAUCAGUCACUGUUCAUAGACAUGUUGGCUGAGGAAGCGACAAACAGUGAUCCAAGGGGACCUGAAGCAAGAAUAAUGACUGAAGUAGCAGAAGCAAGCUUCGACAUUGAUGAUUAUUGGCGAGUUGUUGAUGUUCUUCAUAGAAGGUUAAAUUGGGGUGCUAUAAUGCAAGAGAAAGUGGACAGCAUACAAAAUGUUUCACGUGGAGGAAUAAUUCUGAAAGAAGCACGUUUCAAAGCUAUCAAAACAACAAAAGAAAUCCGGGGUUUUGGAAGCGAUUCAAUGACAUCUUCUCCAUAA